AUGGGAUCCUCCUCUCUUGAUGAGAAGAGUCUCGCAAAGGCUUUCGAAGGUCGAGUUGACAUUCAGGGAGCGAUUCGGAAUGCAUCCGCUGCUGGUCCUCACUACAUCGAACUAUUCAACCAAAUCUCCCAGUACGUUUGCACUGUUAUUCCAGGCAACAGCCCAGAGCCUGCCAACAAAAAGCGACGAAUUGAGGAUCAGGGCUUGGUUGCCCGACCUGCCUCGAGCGGCGCAAAUGGACAUGCGGCAAUCGAUGGUGCAACAAAAGCCGCGGCCGAUGCUAGCUCUGACGAGCCUGUGCUUCUCGAAGUCAAGGAAAUUUCCGUGGCAGUUCCCCAAAGGAAGAAAUAUACGCUCUGCUUCACGUCCAAACACCUUUACGCCCGCCUUCCAGAUUCUACUGAGCCUGUGCCUGGAAUGAGCUUUGCGUGGAGUAAUAUCGAGUACGCAUUUUGCCUUCCUGUACCCGAAAAGACCGUAAAACAACACAACUACAUCCUCUUUCCCCGGAACUCCGCCAUCACACCAUCGAGACCGAUAGCGGGCGCUUCCCCAAAUAUCGAACCUCUUGUAUUCACUAUACCCGAUACAGCACCCAAGGCUGGUUCAAUAAGUGGCCUCGAAGCUGGAGCCGCCGCAGCUGUAUCUGAUGAUUACAAAACACUUUUUGACUGGGCGCUAUCUGCGAGGUUCAAGGCUGCCGGGAAGAGCAACUUCAAGAUUACGCAAGCCGACCCAAAGUCCUUUGCCUCAGAGCUGAAACAAUCUCAUCGACCCCAUGAGAAGGCCGUUUUUGUCAAAGGAUUCAGAGGGUCCAAGGAUGGAUAUUUGUUUUUCCUACCAAAUGGGAUACUGUGGGCAUUCAAGAAACCUUUGCUGUUUCUUCCCAAUGAGCGAAUCUCGGCUGUCUCUUACACCAGUGUCUUGCAACGAACAUUCAACCUUGCCGUGGAAGUCGAUACAAGUGUACCCGGAGAGGCAGAGAAUAAAGCAGAGUACGAAUUUGCGAUGCUGGACCAAGAGGAUUUUGUAGGCAUCGGAAAUUUUGUCAAGAGGCAUGGAUUGCAGGAUAAGAGUAUGGCCGAGCAGAGAAAAGCGAAGAGGCUGAAUAUCAAUGCUGUCAAGGACGAAGACGGCAAUAUUAUCGAUAGUGAAGAGUCAAAUGAGUUAGAGAAAGCGGCCACGGAGGCUGAGCAAGCCGCCAUGGACGAGGAAGAUGAAGAUGAAGAAGACUAUGACCCUGGAAGUGAGGGCGAGAGCGAGGGUUCCGGGUCGAGUAGUGAGGAGGACGAUAGCGAUGACGAAGGUGGGACAGCAGCGGGUGAGCAUAGUGAAGGAGAUGGUGACGGCGAUGGCCAUGACGAAAGCGAAUUGUAA